UCCCUUUUCCUAUUGGACGUAAAAUCCUUACAAGGCAAGCCUAUCGAAGAUGGUCGAUGGCGUGCUUGGUGUCCCUACUCCACAGUACCCCAAACAGGGGCUUGAAAGUGAGUAUUAACUCGAACGCCAAAUCCCAUUAUCGGAAGGCCCUUUGCGACGGGGAAAUACCUAUAAGAUUCAAGUAGCCGUGCUUCCGUAGAGCUGAGUAAAGCCUCAUCCAUUUAUUCCUCGCUCACUUGUUUGUUUCCCUGAUACGCAAAACCUUUGAUUAUACUAGACCGUAACCCAGGCCAGUCGCAAUGGCAGAGGAAUUGAGCAAAAACUUCGAGACUCUGCAGCUCCAUGCGGGCCAGCAGAUAGAUCCAGCUACCAAUGCGCGCGCCGUUCCUAUAUAUGCCUCUACCAGCUUCGCGUUCAAUGACUCGGCACACGGUGCUAGACUGUUCUCUCUCAAGGAGAAUGGCAACAUCUACAGUCGUAUUAUGAACCCGACGACUGAUGUCUUCGAGAAACGAAUUGCCGCCCUAGAAGGUGGUGCUGCAGGUCUGGCAACUGCGUCUGGCCAAGCUGCUCAAUUCAUUGCCAUCUCUGCUCUCGCAGAAGUUGGCGACAACAUUAUUUCAACGAGCAACCUUUACGGUGGCACUUAUAACCAGCUCAAGGUUCUCCUGCCGCGGUUCGGGAUUCAUACCAAGUUCAUCAAGGGUGAUAAACCCGAGGACUUUGCAGCAGCCAUCGAUGACAGGACCAAAGCCGUAUACCUCGAGAGCAUUGGCAACCCGCGAUAUAACGUGCCGGACUUUGAAGCCAUUGCUAAAAUUGCACACGCAAAGGGUGUUCCUGUCGUGGUCGAUAACACAUUCGGAGCGGGCGGCUACUUCGUCAGGCCCAUCGACCACGGAGCGGACAUCGUAGUACACUCUGCGACCAAAUGGAUCGGUGGUCACGGAACGACAAUUGCUGGUGUUAUCGUCGACAGUGGAAAAUUCAAAUGGGGCGAAAACGCCGCCCGGUUUCCCCAAUUUGUUAAGCCGUCAGCAGGUUACCACGGUUUGAAUUUCUGGGAGACCUUCGGUACCCUUGCAUUUAUCAUUCGUGCGAGAGUCGAGAUUCUACGUGAUCUUGGCGCUUCUUUGAACCCUUUCGCGGCGCAACAACUCCUUCUUGGUCUCGAGACGCUUAGCUUGAGAGCCGAGAGGCAUGCGCAGAACGCCCUUGCGCUUGCAAAGUGGCUACAGGCUAGCCCGUACGUGAGCUGGGUGUCGUAUCUCGGACUAGAAGAUCAUCCCAGCCACGAAUUGGCUAAGAAAUAUCUGAAGAGGGGAUAUGGUGGUGUUUUGAGCUUUGGCGUCAAGGGCGGUGGUGCGGCUGGUAGCCAGAUCGUUGACGGGUUCAAGCUGAUCUCCAACCUGGCCAACGUAGGUGACUCCAAGACAUUGGCUAUUCACCCGUGGACCACGACGCAUGAGCAAUUAUCAGACGAAGAGAAGAUCGACUCUGGCGUAACCGAGGAUCUGAUCCGUAUUUCCGUUGGUACGGAACACAUUGACGACAUCAUUGCUGACUUCGAGCAAUCUUUCAAGAAAGCUGCCGCUGCGACCACCGAUGGGCAGGGAAGCUCAGGAGCGGAUAAGAAGGAAGAAGCGGCACCAACAGUGGUCUAAGAAUUCCCAUCCCUUGAUAUGCAUUUUUAUGCAUAUGAUUAUACCCGUAGCAAUGUAGUUAGUCCCCUAAGACUCACGCCUUAUCUGAUUUGAGAUCCAUCAACCCCUUGCUUUAAUAAUUGAAAGCUAGAGAAACGUACAACAAGCCUAAUCCAAUAAGAACACUAUAAUUCUACAGACUUUGCAAUGUGCAAAAUACCUACUUACCUAUAUAGUAGGUAGAAAUAGGUUGAGAUAAUUACAUAAUUUAUACACUUCAAGAUUCUACCUAUUUGAAGCCAACAUAACACAUCCUGGGACGUGCCUUCCAGCUGCAUAGCUGAUGCCAAGACCAAUCGCUAGCUGGUCCCACAUAAUUAUUGCAUA